UGGUAUUCUGUUGUUACAGAACCAAAUCGCGCUAUAUAUAGAGUAAUCCUUGGGCCUUGUAAGCGUGUACCAUAUCUCAAAGUUGGAAAUAUGGAUGGUCCAGCAGCUGAUAAGCCCUGCAACAAUGGACAAAACUAUGAUGGCAUGUUCGAGAGCGAGGAAGAAAAACUCGCCGGACAAGCGGAGGCAUGGAAAUACACAUUUGCAUUUGUGGAGUCUUUGGCAGUCAAGUCCGUCGUUCUGCUCGGAAUCCCCGACAUCAUUGCGCGCCAUGGCCCCAAAGCAACGCUCUCCCUCUCGCAAAUCGCAGCAGAGCUUCCCACCAUAAAGCCCGACGUCGAUUGCCUUUUCAGGAUCCUGCGCUUCCUAGUUGCCAAGAAUUUUUUCAGGGCCGAAACGAGCGGGGGCGCGAAUGAAGUGAGCUACGGCCUAACGCCCGCUUCUAAAUGGAUGCUAAAAGACGGCGCCGCGGCGCCGUCGCUCUCCAUGGCUGCCAUGCUACUCAUGCAGAACGACGUGACGAGCGUGGCGCCGUGGCACUGUUUCAACGAGUGUGUCCUCGAUGGCGGCGUGGCCUUCGAGAAGGCUAACGGCCUUCAUAUUUGGGACUACGCGGCGGCGCACCCUGAUUACAACCGCCUCUUCAAUCAAGCCAUGGCUUGCAACGCCAACAUCGUGAUAAAGGCCAUCUUGUCAAAAUACGAGGGAUUUCGGAGCUUGAAUUCCUUGGUGGACGUCGGAGGCGGCAUCGGAACGACCGUUGCAGAGAUCGUGAAGGCUCAUCCAACUAUAAAUGGCAUCAACUAUGAUCUCCCCCACGUCAUAUCUGCGGCUCCCCAUUUCCCGGGGGUAAAGCAUGUUGGAGGAGACAUGUUCAGAGAGGUGCCUUCCGCAGACGCUGUAUUCAUGAAGUGGAUAAUGCAUGACUGGGGGGACGAGGACUGCGUAAAGAUUUUGAAGCAAUGCAGAAAGGCGAUUCCAGAAACAGGGAAGGUGAUCAUUGUGGAUACGGUUCUGAACGCCCGAGAGAAAACGGCGCUGGAUCCUAGUUUGGGUCUUGUGUUUGAUCUGGUAAUGAUUGCGCAUACCUCUGGUGGGAAAGAGAGAAGUGAGGAGGAGUGGGAGAAUCUGUUGAAGGAAGGAGGAUUUCCUCGUUUUAAUAUCAUUGCCAUACCAGCAUUGCAGUCUGUAAUUGAAGCUUUUCCUUAUUAGCCGCUCUGUGUACCUAAGGCUCUAAAACCCACCAUUGAAAUGGAGGUAUUUUUCUAAGCAUAGUUUCCCUGUUAACGCGGAACAGAUUGCCUUAGCUUAAGGAAGAUAUCGGUGUGAAAACCACCUUGGGAAUACAGCCCGCCCGUGAAGUGUAGUUGGAGAGAAGCAUGGGAUCCAUUCGUCGUCCACAAUAAAACCGCCAAAAAAAUCUGCACCAAGUACUGAAAAUCGUUUUCUAUCUUGUGUAUAUAAGUAACAUAUGGGACCCACCAAGAUAGGACAACUGAACACCAUGGUGAUAAUGAAGAGGGCUUUGUCUACAUCUAUUACUUUUGGUUCCUUAAUCGUAUAUGAAUGUUAUAUGAUCCAAUGGGAGGCUCCUCAUUGUUAUUAUUUUCA